GGCGCCCGCCGCGCCUUUGGGUCCGAAGCUGGUGGGCUGUUGUGGGCAAGUUGGAGGAGGGGAGGGCAAAGCACGCGUCUUCCCAGGGCAGCUCCACCUGCUCCCAGUGGCCGAGGGGGCUCGGCUGCUUUCCGGGCAGCCCCAUGAAGAAGCCGCCCCUUGGCUUGGCCUCGUAGCCCUCUUUGCGGCGCCAGCCCCAGCCGCCUUCCGCCAUGAGCUGUCUGGAUGUUAUGUACCAAGUCUACGGUCCUCCCCAGCCUUACUUCGCAGCAGCCUACAGUCCCUACCACCAGAAAUUAGCCUUUUACUCGAAGAUGCAGGAAGCCGCCGAGAGCGCCAGCGGCGGUAGCAGCUCCUCCUCCUUCUCCAACCACGCCGCCCCGGCCAGCAUCAAGGAGGAGGAGAGCAGCCCGGAGAAAGAGCGCCCCCCCGAGGCCGAGUACAUCAACGCCAGGUGUGUCUUGUUCACCUACUUCCAAGGGGACAUCAGCGCCGUGGUGGACGAGCACUUUAGCCGAGCCCUCAGCCAGCCCAGCAGCUACUCGCCCACCAGCGCGGGCGUCAAGGCCGCUGCGAGGAGCUCCGCCGCUUGGAGAGAGGGAUCUUUUCCUAUGAGCCAGCGUAGCUUCCCACCCUCCUUCUGGAACAGCACUUACCAACCUUCUUCUGUGCCUGCCUCUUUGGGCAGCCCGCUGACAGCUACUGCCCACAGUGAACUGCCCUUUGCUACAGCAGACCCUUAUUCUCCAGGCUCACUGCACAGCCACCUUCAUCAGGGGGGCCCUGAACCUUGGCACCCAGCCCACCAUCACCACCACCACCACCACCACCCAUACAUUGGUACACAGAGCUCUGCUUACCCCCGGCCCACCACAGUGCAUGAGGUCUACAGCCCACAUUUUGACCCUCGCUAUGGCUCGCUGCUGGUGCCUGCUGCUUCUGUGCGUCCCCACCGCCUCACUCCUGCCUCAGUGCCCACGCCAGUCAGCCCUCAGUGUGAGCUAGGCAAGAGUGAGCCUGCCACAUCAUCAUGGACAACGCCAGCACCUUUUGCUGGUCCUGCAGGAGAGAUGGCACAGAGCUUAGGGCUGAAUAUAGAGACAGGUUUGCAGCCUCAGGAUAAAAGCAAGGAUCUCUACUGGUUUUAGAUCUGCUUUUCUACCAUCACUUCCCCUGUAGUCAAACUUUUGCCUAUGUAGGAGUGGGAACAAAGCCAAAGUCAAGUCAAUUUGUAACAGCUUCUGAUCUUGGUUUUCAGCUCACCAUUAUUCCUUCUGUGCUGGGUCGCUCCUGAGCUGAACUGCUGACUAUAACCCUCCCUUCCUACACACAAAUGCCAUCUUUGUUCCUUGCCUCACUAUUCUGAUAUCAGCAUCUCACAUCAAGACAAGAACAGGAGAAAGGCGACGGAGGCUAAAAGCUACUUCAGCUUGGCGUUUCAACAAAAAAAUAAGGCACUGGGACGUGUGUGGGGACUCACCCAGUCUUCUCCUAAAAGGGCAAAAUUGUACACAACAGCUUCACACCCAGAACUGCAGCUAGGCUGCUCCAAAGAACUGAGUACAAUGAAUGAGGAUGUGAAAACCCCUGACUUUAGGAAGCUGAAGGGUUUGUUAAUAUUGGUGAGGACAUAAAUCAUACUUACCAUUUGGCAUUUUUUAAAAAAAUACUGUUUGGAAGCAGCAUGGAAGAUAUUCAGACAUUGUGAAUGGGACUUUUGUCCUUUGCUGCUUAGAAGCAAAGAAAGAAAUUCUAAACUCUUAAACACAUUUGGGACAUUUUUUUUUUCAAAAAAGGAUGGAUCUUUCUGACUUCAGCGUGGUGAUGAGUGGCAAGUGACUAGUGUGGGCCACCUGCCUCCAGGCUUACACAAAUGCAGCUGUUCAAGAGACAACUGUUACAACUCCAGGAACUUGACAAUCAAGGUGGCACUUCUCCGAGUUUGGCACAGAAAUUGCAUUGGAUAAUACAUACAUAGUUGUAUAUAUAAGUUUUUUAUACAAAAAACAUUUAUGAUGACAGAAAAGAUCCUUUAAAAAGAGAAAAAACUCUGACAGCUUUCAGGAGAAACAACUGGAGUAAAUGGGAAGGGAGGGCUAAUGGGGUAGACAAAAGACUUCACUGAAUUGAAUGUUCCCUUAUGACUUUUUGUAGCAACCAGGAGACUGUUUCUCCUCUCUGUCUUUUGUUUUGAAAAGGAUAUACAAUAUAAGUGUUUAUUUGUAGGGAAGAUAAUUAAAGAUGUCUCCUUUCACCUUUGUUUGCAUGAGUU